AUGGCGGCGCCGGGGGUGUCGAAGGCCGAGUACCUGCGGCGGUACCUGAGCGGCCCCGCCGAGCCCGCCCAGCCCCGCCGCCGCCGCAGGAAGAAGCCGCCGGGCGGCACCGGCAGAGCCGGCAUGCGGAUCGUGGAUGACGAUGUGAGCUGGAACAGCAUCGCCGCCGCCCCGGAGAAGGAGGAGGAGGACGACGAAGGGGACAUGCCUGUGGUGGCAGAGUUCAUUGAUGAGCGCCCCGAUGAGGUGAAGCUCAUGGAGGAAUUCCGAACAAACUCCAAAUGGAAGCUUCUAGGAGAUGAGGACUCGCAGAGUUCGGAUGUUUCAGGACCUGCCAAGUCUGGCUCCAGGCGGCGGCGCCACGACUCCCCAGAGCCCUCGCCCCCAGCAGGGAAACACAACGGCUCCUUGGAGCUCUCUCCUCCGAGACGGCAGCGCCACGACACCCCUGACCCCUCACCUCCCAGGCAAAGGCGUCAUGACACCCCUGACCUGUCCCCUCCCAGGAGACAGCGCCGUGACACCCCAGACCUGUCACCUCCCAGGCGACAGCGCCAUGACACCCCUGACCUGUCCCCUCCCAGGAGACAGCGCCGUGACACCCCAGACCUGUCACCUCCCAGGCGACAGCGCCAUGACACCCCUGACCUGUCCCCUCCCAGGAGACAGCGCCGUGACACCCCAGACCUGUCACCUCCCAGGCGACAGCGCCAUGACACCCCUGACCUGUCCCCUCCCAGGAGACAGCGCCGUGACACCCCAGACCUGUCACCUCCCAGGCGACAGCGCCAUGACACCCCUGACCUGUCCCCUCCCAGGAGACAGCGCCGUGACACCCCAGACCUGUCACCUCCCAGGCGACAGCGCCAUGACACCCCUGACCUGUCCCCUCCCAGGAGACAGCGCCGUGACACCCCAGACCUGUCACCUCCCAGGCGACAGCGCCAUGACACCCCUGACCUGUCCCCUCCCAGGAGACAGCGCCGUGACACCCCAGACCUGUCACCUCCCAGGCGACAGCGCCAUGACACCCCUGACCUGUCCCCUCCCAGGAGACAGCGCCGUGACACCCCAGACCUGUCACCUCCCAGGCGACAGCGCCAUGACACCCCUGACCUGUCCCCUCCCAGGAGACAGCGCCGUGACACCCCAGACCUGUCACCUCCCAGGCGACAGCGCCAUGACACCCCUGACCUGUCCCCUCCCAGGAGACAGCGCCGUGACACCCCAGACCUGUCACCUCCCAGGCGACAGCGCCAUGACACCCCUGACCUGUCCCCUCCCAGGAGACAGCGCCGUGACACCCCAGACCUGUCACCUCCCAGGCGACAGCGCCAUGACACCCCUGACCUGUCACCUCCCAGGAGACAGCGCCAUGACACCCCUGACCCCUCACCUCCCAGGAAAAGGCGUCAUGACACCCCUGACCUGUCACCUCCCAGGAGACAGCGCCAUGACACACCAGACCUGUCACCUCCCAGGAGACAGCGUCAUGACACACCAGACCUGUCACCUCCCAGGAGACAGCGCCAUGACACACCAGACCUGUCACCUCCCCGGCGGCAGUGUCAGGAUUUGUCUCCUCGGAGAGAGAAGCCGGGGUCCCCAAGUGGGAAAAGGAGCCGAACGAAAGGACGGGCUUCCCCUGCCCAGAAGGACCAGCACAGGUCACGGAGUCCCCCAGAGCGCUCCCCACACCGCCGGGAUGCCAAGGGCUCUCCCAAGAAGGCUGACACGAUGGCAUACGGGGUCAGAGCUGGCCUGGUGUCGGCCGAUGUGCUGCAGAGGGAGAAGCAGGAGCUCCGGAAGCACGAGAGGAGCACCAAGCACCUGGAAGAGGAAUCCCGGAACGCUCAGACCGUGUACCGAGACAAGUCCGGCCGCAAGAGGAACCUGGCCCAGGAGCAGCUGGAGCAGAGGCUGAAGGCUGAGGCAGAGUCCAAGAGAGAAGAGCAAUAUGCCAAGUGGGGAAAAGGGCUGGCACAGGAGAGGCAGCAGCAGCAGAACGUGGAGGAUGCAGUCAAGGAGAUGCAGAAGCCCUUGGCCCGUUACAUCGAUGACCAGGACCUGGAUCGAAUGCUGAGGGAACAGGAGAGGGAAGGAGACCCCAUGGCUGCUCUCAUCAAGAAAAGGAAGGCCAAGGAGAACAAGGAGAAAGAAAAACCCAGGUACAAGGGACCAGCACCUCCACUCAACAGGUUUAACAUCUGGCCUGGGCAUCGCUGGGACGGUGUGGACAGGUCCAACGGGUUCGAGCAGCAGCGCUUUGCCCGCAUUGCCAACAAGAAGGCGGUGCAGGAGCUCGCCUACAAGUGGAGCGUCGAGGACAUGUAGGGAGAGCUCCUGCAGGGACCCACAGGCACCACCCACAGAGCCCUGAGGAAUGGCCUGCUCUCCCUGGAACAAGCCCUGUCCUCGGCAUUCAGCAGCCCCCUGGACCUCCCUGUCAGCCAGAGCCUCCAGCUCUCUGGGGAGAACACCUCUUCUUGUUUGUUUUCUAACAAACUUCUGUUCCAUGCCAAAUGCUUUGACCUCUGAGGGUGGUUCCCAAGUCUUCAGGUGUCCUAAAUCUCAGGUGAAAAUCUGCUGAACACUUGGGCUUGGGAGGGUUCCCCUCGUGCAGUGGGUCAGACUGCUCCAGAACUCAGGUUAAGUUGAACUUCUGAACUUUUGUUAAGUUUAUGCAGUUAUUUUGCCAUGCAGAUCAUGCAGGAACUUCACCAACGUGCAGGAAAGCUCAAACUCAGCUUCUCCUGACCCUGUCCAAACAGGAAACCGAGCAGGGAAUGCUCUGGCACUGGAAGAAUGACCUGCAGUGCUGCAUUGGGCAGCAAGAUCUUCAGGAGCCUCAGCAAUUCUUCAGGGGUCCAUUUCUAGUGGAAGUAAAUGUGUAGAGAAUCAGGACUUAAGACCUGGAAUUGCUUCCCCCCUGGUUUGGAGCAGCUGGUCCCCCCCAGACCCCUCUGGAUUUGGGGCUGAUCUCAGCACUUCCCCCACGCUGCUGCCUGGGGCUCGCUCGGGGGGGACGUGUGGCAGCCCUUCUCCUGUGAUCAGAUUUGUCAGUCUCAGAGCUGGAGGCCAGGCAGAGCUUCCCUUGAUCCCUGUGUGCCAGAAAGCACUUGUGGAAAUAAGUACAGUUGUUCUUGUUGAGGUCCCAGGGAGCAGGGAUGAAAUGCAGGCAGCAGUUUCCAUGGAGAUGCCUUGGCUGCAGCAGUGGGCAGGGGCAGGGCAGGAUCGCUCUUUCCAGGGAUUCUCCA